GCGGACUGCGGAGUACCAUGUUUGUCAUGAUACCCAAGGCAAGAAAUUGAGAGGCCAAUUGACUAAAGAGUGGCCACGCCAUAAAAUAAAAUCUUUCGAAAAUAGCCAAAAAUAUUAUCGUAGAAAAAUCAAACAGCAAUUUGUGAAAGAGUGGUCGACUGAAUUAUCCAUUGAGGAAAAAGCCACGUACCCUAUUCCUAAACCACAUCCACUCCCUCUAAAUUACCCCUCUUUGUUCUUCCCAUCUUCCCUCCACUCCAACAUCUUUCCUCUUUCAUCUAGUCAGAUUUAUCAGUAGAAGUGAACUCUGCAGGUUAUUGUUUCUUGUGAGUGUAGCAAUAUGGCUACUUCAUCAGUAUGCAUAGCAGGAAAUAGUUUGUCUACUCAUAGAAAGCAGAAAGUUUUCAGGAAGGAGAUUUAUGGCAGGAAAAUUUUAUUCUCCUCAAAUCUUCCAUCGUCUAGUAAAACAUCGAGAAUAGCAGUAAAAGCAUCCCUUCAGCAAAGGCCAGAUGAAGGAAGGAGAGGCUUUCUCAAAUUAUUGCUUGGAAAUGUUGGGCUUGGGGUACCUGCUUUGUUAGGUGAUGGAAAAGCCUACGCUGAUGAGCAAGGUGUUUCUAACUCAAGGAUGUCUUAUUCUAGAUUUUUGGAGUAUUUGGACAAGGAUAGGGUGCAAAAAGUAGAUUUGUUUGAGAACGGAACCAUAGCUAUUGUUGAGGCUGUAUCUCCAGAAUUAGGAAACCGGGUUCAGAGGGUUCGGGUACAACUACCUGGGCUCAGCCAGGAACUCCUUCAGAAGUUGCGGGAAAAGAACAUUGACUUUGCUGCUCACAAUGCCCAAGAGGACUCUGGUUCUUUCCUAUUCAACUUGAUUGGGAAUCUGGCAUUCCCGCUUAUUUUGAUUGGUGGUCUUUUCCUGCUAUCAAGGCGGUCUCCCGGAGGAAUGGGAGGUCCUGGUGGGCCUGGUAACCCAUUAGCAUUUGGUCAAUCAAAGGCUAAAUUCCAAAUGGAACCAAACACUGGUGUAACAUUUGAUGAUGUUGCUGGUGUAGAUGAAGCAAAACAAGAUUUUAUGGAGGUUGUAGAAUUUUUGAAGAAGCCCGAGAGGUUUACCGCAGUGGGGGCUCGUAUUCCGAAAGGUGUUCUUCUUGUUGGUCCUCCCGGUACUGGGAAGACCCUGCUAGCAAAGGCAAUUGCCGGUGAAGCGGGUGUUCCAUUUUUCUCAAUUUCAGGUUCAGAAUUUGUUGAGAUGUUUGUUGGUGUAGGAGCCUCUCGAGUCCGUGAUCUUUUCAAGAAGGCCAAGGAAAAUGCUCCCUGCAUUGUAUUUGUCGAUGAAAUUGAUGCUGUUGGGCGGCAAAGAGGGACUGGAAUUGGAGGAGGGAAUGAUGAAAGGGAACAGACCCUGAACCAACUAUUGACAGAAAUGGACGGUUUCGAAGGAAAUACUGGUAUAAUAGUUGUUGCGGCAACCAAUCGUGCAGAUAUUCUUGACUCUGCUUUGCUGAGACCAGGGCGAUUUGAUAGACAAGUAAGUGUGGAUGUUCCAGAUAUCAAGGGAAGAACAGAGAUCUUAAAGGUUCACGCCGGCAACAAAAAGUUCGAUUCCGAUGUUUCUCUUGAAGUUAUAGCCAUGAGGACACCCGGUUUUAGUGGUGCAGAUCUUGCUAACCUCUUAAAUGAAGCAGCCAUUCUUGCCGGUCGACGUGGUAAGACAGCAAUCGCGUCCAAAGAAAUUGAUGAUUCAAUUGAUAGGAUAGUGGCUGGAAUGGAAGGAACAGUCAUGACUGAUGGUAAGAGCAAGAGUCUGGUGGCAUACCACGAAGUUGGACAUGCCAUAUGUGGAACUCUUACUCCAGGGCAUGACGCUGUUCAAAAGGUCACACUAAUCCCACGUGGUCAGGCAAAAGGUUUGACCUGGUUCAUUCCUGCAGAUGAUCCAACCUUAAUAUCCAAGCAGCAACUCUUUGCUAGAAUUGUCGGAGGACUUGGAGGAAGAGCUGCAGAGGAAGUUAUCUUUGGUGAACCUGAGGUGACCACUGGUGCUGCAGGCGAUUUGCAGCAGAUCACCGGUUUGGCUAAACAGAUGGUUGUCACUUUUGGGAUGUCUGAACUUGGUCCAUGGUCACUAAUGGAUUCUUCAGCCCAAAGUGGUGAUGUAAUCAUGAGAAUGAUGGCCAGGAAUUCUAUGUCUGAGAAGCUAGCUGAAGACAUUGAUGGUGCAGUGAAGAGGCUUUCAGACAGCGCAUAUGAGAUUGCAUUGACCCACAUCCGCAACAACCGUGAAGCAAUUGAUAAGAUUGUGGAAGUCCUCCUUGAAAAGGAGACGAUUACUGGAGAUGAAUUCCGUGCUAUUCUCUCAGAAUUUGUUGAAAUUCCUGCUGAAAACCGAGUUGCACCUGUUGUACCUACCCCAGCAACUGUAUAAUAACAUGAACAUAUGCUUCAAUUUGUACAAUAUACUCAUCCACCUGAUUGAUUCAGGGUAUAUACAAUAGUUUGAGAUAGGUUAUCAAAAAAGUAUUUUAUGCAUGUGUGUUGUAAGCAGUUUCUGCAUUUGAAAUAGAACUAGUAGUUUCUUGAUUGUAAAUUUGUAAUGCUUUUCUCCGAGAUGUGGGAUGAGUUGUUUCAUUUCCUGCUUUAAGCA